UUACGAGGGAACGCCUGUAGGCCACUCCAGUGGCCUAAAACAAAAGCAUCCAGUCAAGCGAUGUUAUUGGUGAAAUAAUGACAGCUAUGAGGUCCUUUGUAUUUUAUCCAAUCAGAGCAUUGAAUAAGCUUUAAUUUGAUGCAUGGCAUGUAACACAACAUGCUUCAGAGGACCCACGAGGAUUUUUUUAAUUCAAAACUUUACAACGUGUGAGAAAAUGGCGAGUUCCGUGUACGAUAUAUUUGAAGAGAGCGACAGUGAUAGCGAGUUUACAGGAUUUACAGAAGAAGAAAUACGUCAGGAUGAGCCUGAUAUGGCUAUAGAAGAAGCAGAUAGUGAUAUUUCAGUGGAUGAAGACGAGGAGGAGGCAAGCGAGAGUGAAGAGAGCGACGAGGAACGUGAAGAAGCUAACGCGGAGUGGACAUAUUCUGUCACCGAUAUCAAUGUCUCGCCGUUUACCGAGGAUAUUGGUCCAACAGCACAACUACCAGCAGAGGCAGGAGCUUUAGACUUUUUCAAGCUCCUCUUCACAGACGAGAUUCUUGAAGAAAUAGUCCUUGAGACUAACCGUAAUGCCGCGCAAAAGAUGAGGAUUGCGAGCGACCCGAAGUGGUACGCAACAACGAAGGACGAACUUUGUGCGUACUUCGGAAUACGCUUUCUUCAAGGUAUCAAAUCCGUCCCCUCUGAACGGCACUAUUGGUCAAAGAAUGAAUUCCUUUCGGUCAAGAAGAUCAAGGAUGUCAUGCCAAGAGAUAGAUACCUAAAAAUCACACAGUAUCUUCAUUACAACAACUCUGCAACGGCAAAGCCACGCGGUCAUCCAGAGCACGACAAGCUUCACCUCAUCCGGCCACUUAUAACAAAGCUUGGGGAAAGUUUUCUCGUCCAAUAUAAGCCAAACAGGGAGAAUGCGAUCGACGAGGGCCUUGUUAAAUUUAAGGGACGGCUUGCCUAUAAGCAGUACAUGCCGAUGAAGCCUGUGAAGCGUGGCAUCAAGGUUUGGAUUCGUGCGGACUCCAUUACGCACUACGUGUCACGCUUCCAGGUCUACACCGGCAAACCACAACAAGGCCAAGAGCUCGGCCUCGGCAGAAGAGUUGUGGAGGAACUUUCCACCGAUUUGAUCGGCAAAGGUUACCACCUUUAUUUCGACAACUUUUUUUCAAGUGUCGGUUUGAUGGCUUCGCUCCUGGAGCGGCGAAUUUACGCAACUGCAACAACGCGCCAGAACCGCAAAGAAUUCCCGAAGGAACUGAACACGUUCAAGUUGAAGCGAGGGGAGAGCAAAGUGAUGCAGAAAUCAGGAGUGAAUGCAUGUGUAUGGCAGGACAAAAAAAAGGUUUUCUUUCUCUCGACAAAUGCCCAACCGAUCGGCCAGGACACUGUCAACCGAAAGAACAGAGACGGGAGUUUGUGUGAAGUGAGCGCUCCCCCGUGUGUCGUUGUUUACAACAAAUACAUGGGGGGAGUAGAUUAUGCAGACCAAAAGCGCAAUGACUACCGAAUCCCGAUAAAGUCCCGACGCUGGUACCGCUAUCUCGCCUUUUUUCUGAUGGAGACAGCAGCUGUGAAUGCCUUCAUUCUAUAUCAAAACUCCAGAAGCCACAACAAAAUAUCACAGCUCGAUUUCCGCCUGGAGCUCAUCGGGCAAUUGAUUGCUAACUUCUCGUCACGAAAGAGAAAGCGUGCCGCAGACGAGAUGGAAGCCUCAGGGGAAUCGCACUUUCCAGUGAAAGUAACGAUAAAUCGGUGUGUUAACUGUUCCGAGAGAAACGAGAGGAAGAGAUCAACCUGGGGCUGCGCUACAUGCAAGGUUACGCUGUGCGUUGGGUGCUUCGAACCAUACCACAUCAAGUAGCAGUGAACCAAUGCGACAAUGGCGCGCGAAGUUCAAAUGCAUGAACAGAACAUUGCUUGUAAAUAUGUCUUUUACCGCAACUUAUAUAGCUUGAAUAACCAGUUUUAGGAGACCAUUGAUUAACCAAUUCAACAUUGUAACAUAUAUCAUUUAAAUGUUCGUAUUUUAAGCAUUGAGAGAUGUUUUAUUGAGAUAUGAUGUAAAUAUUUUAUCAAUUUUCAUGCUUAUGCCCAAUUUCAAAGAUUUUUCGUAAGCGCUAUGCACAUUGCAUUUUGCUUUAAAGUUCUAAAAUGUAAUUGUUGCUUAUCUAGGUCAAAGUAUAAUUUUUCUUGUAGCAUGUCAAGCAAUAUAAAUAUAUUAAAAUGCCAAUUGCCUUGA